AUGCCAUUUCUGUGGCAUUAUAGCAUAGAAUCCGGGACAUCGAGCUCUGACUCUGAACCCGGCGAUGGUUUCAUGGAACCUGGGAAUCAGGUUGACCUCAAGGAGAACCAAAUCAGGAGUUUGGAGUUUGGCAAAGAGUUUGCCACCCGUGCAGGCUUGCAAGCUACUUUAGAGCCCCUGAAGCGGCCACUGUCCAUUGUGACGGAUUGUAGUGGAGCUGAAGCCCCUGCUAUUUCCUUGGAUAUGCUCUUGUCUGGGGCGGGUCGCACACAAAUGCUGAAGCACCUGUCUAUGUGUGACAAUGCUGAUGGUCCGGCAAAAUGGCUGAAAGCCAACUUUCCACACGUGCCGCUACAGAAAGAUAUGGAGGAGAAACCUUUGGCCGGAGAAGAUGAGGCCGAUGUCUACGCUUGCGGUUUUCCCUGCAAGGCAUUUAGUGCCUUGCGAACGGCAUCGGAGCUCCUAAAGGACAAAGCUGCGAAACCGUUUUGGCUCAUGCUUAAACGGAUCAAAAGGAGCAAACCCAGAGCUUGCAUCCUCGAGAAUGUUCGAGGACUGUAUUCAGUGCUAGGCGAAGUACGGAAACAAUUGGAAAAAUGCGGGGACUACGAGUUGGCAGUAUGCGGGAUAAACCCGAGAGACUAUGGCGUGGAUGCCUGUCGGGACCGGAUCUAUAUCUUCAUGAUUUUAAGGGAGUACCUUCCAUCAAGACAAUUUGACUUGCAGCACCACGCGGACACAGUGCUGGAAUCAAUGAGAUCCACUUCGACCAUUCCAUGGUCAACUUUUCUUCUCGAAGAUGACGAUGUCUCAGUACGUGAAAUCAAUUCCAAGAAGGAUGAAAGGGUCCGCAAACGGAAGCUAAAUGAGAAGAAAAAGUUUAGCUUGGCCACCAGGCCAAGAAAGGAAGAACCUCAGUGGAGACAUCACAACUGGGCUUUCAUGAAGAAACACCAGUUGUCUCCGGCUGCAGUGCAUGGAGCUGCAAAGAACAAGUUGGGGGCUGCUGUGGCAUGUUUACACCAACGGAAUGAACAGGCUCUGGACAUCAUGACUGUUGUCAAGCCAGACUGGCAGGUUGCAGACCUGAGCCAGAACGUGCACAUGAUGCCAGUGGUUCAGCCUGGCCAGUGUCAGACUGAUGAACGUCCCAAGAAGAUGCCUCGGCGUGAAGGUUCAGUCGGUCAGACGGCCGCAAAGCCUGUGAGACAAGACAAAGCAGCUCCAACUGUCCCAGACGCAGUGGUAGAGGACAGGCAGGAGAACAUCGGAGAUUGGCUCAACUUCUACUAUGAUGGAGACAAGUUGGGGAAGGCCAUUCAACGAAUCGUGGCCGCGGCACCAGCAGCAGUGGGGAGGACAUGUGUGAAUGCGAUUUCUGUGUCCCCCACUACCAGCAUGCCAGAUAUCACGGUUACCCUAGACCAGCUUGAUUUCACCAAGACAGCCAAGAAUGUCUACCCACCGAUGUGCACCUUGGCCAAUGUCUUCCAGUCCGUGCUGCUGCGCGGGUAUGAAGCCUACCGUGAGCCGCUGGUGAUCAAGUUUGCCCCAACACUGGAUCGAACUAUCCCACAGUUUUCCAUUCGUUUUGUUGACGGAUUCACGAAGUCCCUGGUCCUGCAAUGCAUCGUUGCAAUCCUUGACCACCUGGAGAUUCCGAUCGAGGAUAUUCACGGGCCAGAUAUGUUGCCCAUUCUUCAGUCCAUGCAACUGAUCAAGGCUAGGUAUGUCCAUUUCGAUGAUCCGUCGCAUUACUUCUAUGAAUCACUGCGUUUGGGAAAUGAAACUGCGGAGAAGCAGGCGCCAUCGGCUUUGACACUCUACGGUGAGUUUAAAUUUGCCUUGGAGAACAUUCGACAUUCUGAUCCUUCCAAAGCAAGGACCCCUCUCAAGGACUUGUUGAACUUCGCAAUUGCUCAGUACAACAGGUGUUGGAAGGUUGUCUCUGCCAAGCUUCUGCUACAAGUAUGUGCCAUCUUUUGGUCUUUGCAGAAGCCGCAACAGGAUUCACUACUGUGGAGCAUCCAAGCGUUUAGUCUUUUCUUAGGGGUGGGAUCCAAUCGUCUUGACAGAACUAGAGGACGGUUUCGAGGUCUAGAUGAACGCCUUCUGAAAGGACCUAGAUCUCGGGCAGCAGAACAGGCUGCCUCAGUGAACACUUUCUUGGCCCACAUGUAUUACUCCGUUAGCGAGACAAUGCCAACUGGGAUACUGCCGCAUGACUGCUCCUUAAAGGAUGAAGAUGCCCGACAAAUUCUUCUUAGCAAACUUCUGGAUGAUGCACUUGAUGGUCAAACCAACAAAGUCUUUCUUCGAAUGAACCCCCAAAACUUGGCAAAACGGGAAUUGCCUCCAGGCACAUGGAGCCAGCUGUACUUAGUUUAUACAGCACAUUGCUUAUCUGAGGGGAAGAAGGCAGCGUGCCGCAGUGUCUACUACCAAGUAGUAAGGACAUGGAAAAGAUGUUUGUCUUUUAGAAGAAGGUCACAGCAUUCGGCCUGCUUCACAUGUGACAGAUUAAAAGCGUCAAUGAGGCACGCAACUUGUUUUUGGGAACAUGCCAAAGCAUGCGAUGCUUUGCUGGCCCAUCUGACGCGUCAGUGGGCGUGUCGACAAGUCUACUGGGGAGCUAGAGCUGAGUCCCAAAAGAAAAGAGGGCUCUUAACUGUAAUCCUAGAUGGGUUUGAUCAUUCGAAGGCAAUGCUGCCAAGAUGGACAGCUGGAAGAACCCCAAAAGGGGGUGCCUUCGACCGGGUCCCCCGUCCCCACAUGAACAUUAGCUGUGGGCUAGCUCACGGCUACGGGUGUUUCAUUUUCAUUGCGGAUGAGUUCACAUCAACCGGGGCUUCUUACCAGUGGGAAUGCCUACUUCGAAUCUUAGACACUUGCUUUGCAACGGCCAGAGCUGAAGGUCGCAUGCAGCCAGACACAGUCUGGCUGCAAUGCGAUAAUACUGUAAAGGAACUGAAAAACAGUAUUACGGGCCGACUAAUGUGCUCACUGAUUUCUCAGGGGCACAUAAGAGAAUGCGGACAUCACCAUUUAGAAGUUGGACACACUCACGAAGACUGUGGACCCCUGGGUUGA